AUGCUGGCAUCCGAGCAAAGGCAGCAGAAGGUGAGUACGGUUGUUCAGAAUAACCCGAAAAGCCAGCAACUUGUCAUGGAAUCUAAUGGACUGGAGCCACUAUUGACAAACUUCAGGUCUGAUCCUAGCACGACUGCGCGCACAAAAGCUCUUGGAGCUAUCUCUUCUCUGAUUCGCAAUAACCAAUCUGGUCUUGCUGCAUUUCGUCUAGGAAAUGGACAUGCUGCACUGAAAGAUGCACUUGGUUCUGAUGAUGCUAGACUUCAGAGCGACGAUUCUGGAGUCCGGGAGGCUGCCCUGGGCGGCCUUCUAGAGCUGGCGCGUGACAAGACACCAGCUGCACGCAACGCUCUACCUGACCAAGACAAGCUGAAAGACGUCCUGAAGAGCCGAAUCGAAGGCAUCAGCGCCAUGGACGCAGACGACCUGCAAGCAGCCCGUGAGGAGCGGCAGCUGGUGGACUCCCUCUGGAAAGAGUGCUAUGGCGAGCCAUCUUCUCUAAGGGAGAAGGGCCUCGUGGUGCUCCCCGGGGAGGACGCGCCGCAGCAGCCGCCGCCAGAUGUCGUGGGGAAGAUGUUUGAGCCGCCACUCCGUGUGUGGGCUGUGCCGAGGCCUGCUCCAGCAGAGGACCCCGACUCUGGGAGCGGGAAGAAGGACCCACCCCUUCUGCUAGGACCGUGA